AUGCCACUGGUUCAAAGACGCAGGUCCUCUGCCCAACUGGAAAAGGAGUGGGUGGAUUUCGACGCUCUCGAUACAUCGCUCUAUAAGGAAGAGGCUCCAUUGAGUGAGACGGUUAAAAGUUUGAAAAUUAAGGCCGUGGAGGAAGCCCUCAACGCCGGAAGGACAGGCUUGGUCACGGAAUACUCACGGGCCACCGAGGGCUUAAUUUCCACCCACUUGAGAGCAAAAGUAUGGCCGCUUUUGUUGGAUGUAGACUUAUCCGGAAAGCGUGAGACCCAAUCAGACGGCCUCUUCUCCACUUCAGACAUCUAUCAUUUUGGAACAAAUGACCUUCCUCCACACAAGGACGAGAACCAGGUGAUGCUUGACGUGAAACGACUGUUCACGGUCUUAAGUCACUUCAACGGUCUUCACACAUCAUUGAACUCGUCAUUCACCACCAUUCUCUCGCAAGAUGAAAUUGAGUGCUUGCGCAAACGUUUGUUCUGCUUAGUUGUCCGUGUUCUCCGCAAGUAUCCGUUUCUCAACUACUAUCAGGGCUACCAUGAUGUAGCCAGUGUCGUCCUACUUGUGUUCAAUGAUUUGGGUCUGGGCGAUGAUGAGCAGGCGUUCUUGGUAUUGGAGAAAAUCACAGUAGACCACCUUCGUGACUUUAUGAUCUCAGAUAUUGCACUCUCCAUCAAUCACUUGAAGCUUAUUCCAUGUAUUGUGGAAGAAGUGGACCCGGCGCUCUUCCAGGUGAUUCGUCAAUCGAGCAACUCGUAUCUCGCUUCCAAUGGUAUGUACUUUGACUACAAGUUCCUUCAGGCACUUCUGUCUGUUUUGACGUUGUUUAGUCACGACAUCUCCAACACGUCGCAUCUUCUCGUCAUGUGGGACUUUAUCUUCAGCUACAAUUCUGUGGCUGUUUCGCUCUACAUCUACGUGGCAGCAAUGCUUCACUUCAAGGAGCCAAUCCUUAAGAAGCUUAACAUUUCUGAUUCUCCCUCAUUCUUCAAUGUCGACCCAGAUUUGGCACAUACAUUGCUCUCGCCAAGUAACUUAUUUGACGGCUUGACCGAUCAUGACGUGGUGAAGAUCCUCACCUCCACCAAGCAGCUCAUCGAAUCAUACCCAAUCACAGAGUCUGCUCACUGUGACGAGACUUUUGACGUCUGGUUUGGUGAGUUUAAUCAGCACUCUGUGCUAUGUACUACGUCCCGUCUCGAGACGUACGACGCUGAAAUCAACAAAGCUGCACUCAAAACACAUAUAUUUUCGGAAGCACAAGAAGACUUAUCCAGUAGUUCCGAAACUGCAACUGCAACUUCGUCAGAAAUACCUCCAAUUGAGGUAUCGCCUGUUGUAACGUCUAUUUCUGACAGCAAGGAAUUGGAGUCCAUUUUCGUGCUUCAGGUGGAGGAGCAGCGCAAUGAAACAAUUCACGAGACGAAACUUUUCCAACAUGCUCUUGAGCAGGAUUCUCUUGCCACAUCCAUCUCGUCACUAGAUGGAGACGGCUCGUCAAGAAUGGGCCUGCUUUCGUCCUCGAUUUCGAACAUAACAGCAGCAUCCUCUGCUAUCAACCACAAGCUAAUGCGUUCUUCCUCGGUGUUCUUCAAGAAUCUCUUCUCACGGGGCGAUUCCGAAGAACCCGAAGGCAGUGUAUCCAAGAAGAACGGCCAAUCCAUUUUGCAGAGCAGAGUGUAUAAGGUCAGUGUCACCGUUGGAUUCGUGGGUUUCAUGAUCCACUUUUUGCUCAAGAACAGCGAUGGACAUCACUCGGGGAUCUACCGGAUGGUGCAUGGUGACUUUAGUUCUCUCAAACACUUGCUGUCAAUAUUUGACAUUGGCUUGUUGAAACGUGAGAUGUUCAACUUUGGAAGCGAGCUAGUCUCGGGUGCAUCCCAUAUCGCUGGCGACAUGGUCACUUAUGUAAGAGACUCUGAAGUGAUGAGUGCCGGUGUGGAUUUCACCCAAGUGGGCUUGGGUUCCUUGCGCAACUCAGUGUAUGCGUUUGGCAAUUGA